UGAGAGCCUCAGCGCCAGCGGGGAGAGGAGGCGAGUGUCGGGUGUUGUCCCUGCCGAGAGGCCGCGGCGGGGCCGUAGGAGGCCGCACAAGGCAGCGCGACGGGGGCCGCGGCUCGGCCCGAGCCCGGUUUGGUGUUCUGAGGUGUCUACAGGGCUUCAGAUAUUUACCAGAACAUCUACCGUUUGGAGAACUAAAUCUACUAGUCAGAGCUGAGUUGUCAACACACAGAGAAAAGCAUCAAGAUGCCCAUAGUGCAGGCCAGGGGUGGAUCAGUCCGUAAAGCAAAGAAAAUUACUGUAAAAACAUCUUUAAAUAACCCAUAUAUCAUCAAGUGGCAUACCCUAGAAAGAGAUGAUAUGCACUUUAUACUCCAGACCUUGGAAGAAAGGAUUAAACACAUUGGACUUAAAAAGAUUGAGACUCGAAGGAGGAAAAAGCAUUCUGUUGCAAAAAGGCAAAUUAAAGAAAAAUGUGAUGCUAGUGAUUGUAGUGUACUUCCAAAGGAGAAGGAAAUAGACCAUAUUCAACAAGAACAAGGAUGGACUGACUUAAAUGUCAGGAAACAGCUUGCUAUUGGAAUUAAUGAGGUUACUAGAUCUUUGGAAAAAAAUGAACUACUUCUAGUGCUGGUGUGUAAAUCUGCAAAACCUACUAUGAUCACCAUGCACCUUAUUCAGCUGAGUGCCAGUCGAGCAGUCCCUGCUGGGCAGGUUCCACGUCUUAGUGAAAGCAUAGCACCUAUGCUUGGCUUAACAUCUGUUCUAGCACUGGGUUUUAAAAAGAAUUCUGAUACUUUUACUGAAGUAGUCAAAGCUAUAAUACCACGGAUACCUAGCUUGGAUGUGCCCUGGAUUCAUCACAGAAGUGAGCAACAUAUGGCAGAGGCAUAUACUGAUCCUUUGGAAAUUCAAGAUACCGAGCUUAUGGAGACCUCAGCGGAGGAGUUCCCUCAAAGCCAUAAGUGGAAAUGUACUGAAAGCAGUAAGUCAGAUUCUUCAAAUGUAACUUUACAAGCUCUCAGAAUUAAAAAGCUUGUUCCAAAUCCAAAUAAGAUACGAAAACCUCCCAAAAAUAAAAAAGCUGUUUCAAAAUAACUUAGUUUAGUACAAGUCUUUACAGCGGGAGUAAAAUGAUUUUUAUGUAGUAUUGGAAACUGCCCCAUGUAACUAAGUUAGCUGCUUUUAAAUAUCAUAGCUUCAGAUGUAAAGUCAUUUGACCAAUAGAAGAUGAACUCAGACUUGUUUUGUUCUGACAUUAAAGCAUGCAAUCUAUAAAUUGUGCAUAAGUGUUAACCGCUUUCCUGCUUAAUUAUUGUUUAGAGAGCCUAGGCUUACUGGUGUGUG